CUCCUCUCCCCCUCAUUCUUCAGCCUUCUUCUCUUUUGUCUUGCGUUCUUUCUUUGGCAUCCCUCUUCUUCUCUUCUCUUCUCUUCUCUUUUUCUUUUUCUUUUUCCCUCUCCCUUCUUUUCUUUUCUCUUCAGCCCGGGGUCUUUUGUCCCUUUCGUGUCGACCGGCUUCUUCUGCUCGUCGAUGCUUGCUGAUUUGGUCCGAAUCUAUUGCUUCAGGUGACACGCGGACGAUCGCCCGGCUCUCUCCCCUUCAUUUCCCUCGCCGCGGCGAGCCUGGUGAGGGUCAGAAAAGGAAGCCGAUCACGAUCAUCGCCCAAGCGUUGCGGUCCGUCUGCAUAUAAUCCGAUCGGCUGUCGCGUACUAUAUGAUGACCCUCCGCCGGGCGUCGAUCGACGAUUUCUAUCCCACCGGACGCUGUCUCCCCCCACCGCAAUAACACCGUCGGCCGGCGAAUGACCCGAUUCCUCUCAACCCUUCUUACCUUCUACUGUGGCUGAGAUGAGUGCAUCCGACUCCAACAAGCCCUGGAGUGACUCCAGUGAUAUCCUACAAGGCAUCAUGGGCGCCCGGGCACCACCACCACUGUCAUCGCAGGCCGAGCUUUUACCGGACGGUCUGACGCCAUCCGACCUGAUGCUGGGGGAUCCAGCAUCCUUCCUGGGCUUCCAGUUCGCGUCUGAUCCUGCCAUCCCCACUCCCGGUCAAGGAUCCAUCCUCCAUCCUUGGUUACCGUUGCACGCGGACUCCUCCUCCUCCUCCGCCGCCGCAAACCCUCUGAAUUUAGACCAGCCCCCAUAUACCUUCUCACGAUUCCGAAACGAAAACGAGGCGUGGAACCCGCUCCACCUGACCGGGCUGUCCAUCAAUAACACUUCAUAUAAGAUUCCGCAGGUAAUUCGGAAUAACCCGUUGUACGGACUGGAUCGCAGAUUUUCAAAUGGUCAUUACAGCACGCCGUCAGAGACUGGCAGUCAGUAUACUAGCCUUCACCCGUCUGAUUCAGGAUAUAGCACCAGGAGCUGCGCCACGCGCUCGGUUGCUGCAUCGUAUGCCCUCGAUUCGACCUGCAGCCCGUACCUAGGGCCUCUCGAUCCCGAACAGGAUGAUAGGGUGUCGACGUUAGACCUCAAUCCCGGGCAAUACAGUGAGCCCAUCGAUUCGAUGGAACGAAUGGAGUCUCCAUCCCUGCUGUGCCAGGACGUGAUCAAGUGCGAUUACCCAGGCUGCCAAUGGACGGGGAAGUGCCCCUCCGACAAGAGAAAACAUGAAGCGAGGCACAAGAAGCUGUUCAAGUGCGACGAGCCCAACUGUACCCGCAAGGAAGGCUUUGGCACCAUCAAUGAUCUUGCGCGUCACAAGAAGUGUGUGCAUAAACAGGAGCCGGAGCGAGGCCCUAAGGUCCUCUACCUGUGCUUUGGACAUAACUGUCCGCGUAGGACGAAGAAAUGGCCCCGGCUAGAUAACUUUCGCCAACACCUCGCUCGCAUGCACAACGAUGAGGAUGCUGAUGAGUUGCUCAAAAGGUCGCUUGAGUGGUACGAAACCUGUGUGAAGCCGCAAGAGAUGAGUCUUAUCGACCGUCUCUCGGAGGAGGCACCUACCUUGGACGAGCCGGUUUCCGGACCAGAAGACAGCGAUGUUGGUCAGGACGCUUCUCCUUCGCUUCGCACCCAGACAGCGAUGCCAUCUCCUAGGUUCUCGGCACUCCACACUAGCCAAGGGGUCCAUGAAGAGCAUGGGGAUCAAGGCGGCUUCGACGAUACACCUGCCCCAUCAGCUGUUGCCGAAGCGCGGCCCAUCGAGCUGCCCCCCUUGACAGCUUUUAAUCUAGAAACUUCGCAGGGCCGGCUGGAUUCCAUCCCUGCUCAUGUCGGUCACUCCAGGAACGGAAAGAUGGACGACAUGGUGAACGAAGCGGCGGUCAACAUGAUCAACGCCAUGACAAAGUCCAUGAAUACCAAUCAACGAAGACAGAGUCACCAAUCGGAUGACGUGGGGAUGCUUUUGGAUCAGAAUGCCGAGCUGUCUGAUCGAAAGCGCGAAAUGCUUCAGAGGAUUUUCUCCGCCGCCUUGGACCAACUGUCAGGGAACCCGGGUCCCAGCCACACCGCCUCUCAGGAAGCUCCUGAUGAUGAAAGUGACAAAAAAAGCUGGUUUCAAUGCGAGUUUUGCACCAAGCGCACGCGUCUGCGGUGCGAGAUGAAGAAGCACAAAAAGCGCCACGAGCGGCCAUACGGUUGCACGUUCCACAAAUGCAACAAGACCUUUGGCAGUAAAGCGGACUGGAAGCGACACGAGAACUCCCAGCACUUCCCUCUCCAGAGCUGGCGUUGCACUCUGCCGGAUGCCGCGCAGGGGGGUCUAUCGUGCGCGCGUCUGUUCUACCGCCAGGAUGAAUAUGUGCAGCACCUAAAGAAGCGCCACGAAAUCGACGAGGACGAGGAAGUUCGGACGGCGCUGUGCAAGAAUCGCAUCGGGCGAAACGGACAGUCGCAGUUCUGGUGCGGGUUCUGUCGGGACAUCGUUCCCCUCCAGAGUCAGGGACUUGCCGCGAGAAAUGAACGCUUCAAUCACAUCGACGUCGAGCACUUCAAAAAGGGCGAGCGGAUCGGAGAUUGGCUACUGCCAUCGGGGCACCUCACGAAAGACCGGGACCGAGAAGAACAGGGUAUCCGGGCGGAAGGCAAUGGAUACGAGAGCGAGCCCGCCAUGGAUGAGAACAGCGACGACGAGUCCGUGAGCAGCGACUAUCAGUCCGAGAAUGAGCCCCUGCACGAGGACAUGAUGGCCAUUGACGAGGAACCCAUGCCGGGCCAACACAUGCCUCCGGGUCCUCGGGCUUUGGCUGAACCGUUCAACCUGCGAAAGAGGAAAUUCCCCGCCCACCCUUAUCCAGGCAGUGAGCAGGAAGGGUCGGGUCUGGAGAAAAGGUCCAGAGUCGAUCCGCUGAUGUCGAGGACAGGCCACGUUCCUCGGGAAUCCUCGGGGCCUUUCUGUAGCAGAGCCGCCCAUGACAUGCAGCCAGACCACGGCGUGCUACCAGCCCAGAAUAUGCUGCCUGGCGAGCAAGAAGGCGUUUCCUGCGUAAGUUCCCCUCCCACGAGCGGUGACUGUCGCGCAGCCAGCUGACGUGGACGGUGCAGUGCCAGUGUAGACAGGGCCGAGUCUCCCGGGCCCAUAGCGGCCAAUGCCCGGGCUGCCGCCACGUCUUCUGCGACCACUGCGUGGAGCGAGGCAUCGAGGCCCCGGAU